AUGGCUUCUUCUAUUCCAACAGUAGGCGACCAGAAUGACGACUUGGAGAACGCAGUAUUUCGCGAGAAGCAAGGGAUAGGAAGCGAUGUUCCUUCACCAACUUUUUCGCGUUUAUUAUGCUGUCUACGAAGUCGCUGUCUUCGUGGAAUCUGUGUGGGUUUUCCGUGUGUGGUAUUUUUACUACUAUUUUUAAGUCUUCCCUCCAGUACGGCGACAAGUACCAGACGAGUUUUCUUGAUCCUAGCUGCCGUCCCACUGAUUAUUUACAUUGUCGUUGGCAUAUCCACUGUGGUACUCGCGUAUUGCACUCAAGUUUCGCUCGAAACGCAAAAUGCUCAGGCAGCUCAUCAAUACUUGAACACUAAAACUCAACAGAGUAAAAUCGCUGUUACUACAGGGCAGAAACAACAGAGCAACAACUUUCCCGGUCGUUUCGCACUUUUUCUUGAGGCUGCGCGGUCGGGCGAUGCAAAGACGGCGCAAUUGUGUUUGAGAAAUGAACAAAUCGUGGACGAAGUAUUAUCUCUUCUCUUGCGGAAUGGAGCAUCGAUUGAUCAACAGGACUCACUGGACGGGCUUACGGCGCUACACUACGCAGCUUUUUAUGGUCAUAUCAAGAGCACAAGACUAUUGGUCUGUGCUGGCGCCUCAAUGACCAUCAUGGACAAUCGACGAAUGAAUCCACUGCAACUCACCGAAAUGGCGAGUCUCAAGCUAGCGAGUGUUCAACCUACGCAUCAGAUGAUCAUUAAAUACCUGCGAAUUGCCAUGAAGGACGACGUCACAUCACCACUCGAACAUGUUGCGGGACUCACUGUUUUGCAACUUGUUGAACGACAAGCGCAUAAUCUCCCGCAGAUGGAGUGA